AUGCAGUUUGUGACUAUCUGUAUGGCAGGACUUCCAGCGCAGAUCAUGAUUCAGCUGUUUGUCUACAAGUACUGCUUCUCUGAAGAUUACGUGCCACCAACAAUUCAGUAUCCCAGCAAAAGGCAAGAUCUGUAUUAUCACGCAGGCUCUCCUAUCAGUCUCACAUGUCUGGCUUAUGGGUGGCCUCAACCAACGUUCAGGUGGACGUUAAAUGGAACAGACAUUGUGCAGAGUCGCUUUAUCCAUUUCGAUUCAGUUUCUGGAGUGCUGUCGUUUUCUCAGUUUUCAUGGAAGGAAGAAGGUGCCUUCAGGUGCAUUGCUACUAACGAGUUCAUAGACAACAGCUCAGAGAUUCUCGAAUUAUCAAGCAUGUCUCCAAUCAUUAAUUUAUGGCAGAUUUCCGUGAAGCAGUUUGAUUCCAGUCCUAAACAUGUAAUAGUUCAAGAAUACGACUAUGUAAAACUGCCGUGCAGUCAAGCGACAGCUGUGAGAGCAAAGGAGAAAACAUAUGAGUGGCAAGACACCAGAACCCGACAGAAAGUAAGCAUGGACGGCGAUCGCCUGUUUAUUGAUCAGAAUGGCAAUUUGCACUUCACGUAUGUCCUUUUGGCUGAUGGGGCUCAGGAUGGCUAUUCUUGUGCUAUCUUCGUGCCUCCAGCUCAACAGAUCUCUCAAGGCUCGAAGAUUGUACUCAUUGUUGACGCUGUUUCUCCAGAAGUGACACAACCAGUGAUACAGUACCACGAGAACGUGACUGCGCGGAUAUCGUCUACUGCUAUACUUGAGUGUGUGUUUUCCGGAUACGAUAGACUGUAUCCCAGUUUCCCUACCGUAAAGUGGGUUGACAGUCUCAACCAUCCCUACAUCACAAACACUAGCAAAUACAGCGUCCUCAACAGUGGAAGACAGCUUUUCGUAAACGGUGUGCAAGAGAAAGAUGAGACGUUCUACUACUGCUACGCCAACAACUCGGCAGGUCUGGCAGUCUCCUAUGUGCACCUCAACGUCACAUCAGGCCCAAUCUUCAUUAAACCACCUCCACGUUUAACAAAAGCAGUUUUAACAAAGGCACAUCUUUUCACUUGUGAUACGCGUUCGGCGGAAGGGGAGACUAAUCCUGAAAACCCUGUCUGGUUUUUGAACAGCAAACGAUUGCAAAGACAAAUUGCAGACUCCAGAUUCACGUUUGCCAAUAACUAUAAAACAUUAAUCCUGAAGAAUGUGCGAGGACCUGAGGACUUCGUGUGUGUUCAGUGCGAUGUGUCCAACAGUGUGGACAUAGCUUCUGCUAAUACCUGCCUUGUUGAAUUAAUUAGUAGAUGGAAGUUCAGAAGUAAGGAGAUCCAAGGAGGAAAGGCCCCGCCCUAUGUGUAUUUCAACACUUUGACCAUGGCGGCGUACAUUGACACUUGCCACCUCUCAAAGGACGAGUUCUUCACCAUAGGAGGAGUCUACAGUAUAGUGCUCUACACGCCUUAUGAGACGGUAGAGGUAAACACCAAUGUGGUACUGCUGGAUGUCGAGGGUAAGUA